GCCAUCAACGGCUAAAGCCCACCCACAAACAAUAAGCCCACUCUCAUCCAACAGCAAACUCAAAACUAUCACAUAGAUUGCUCGCUGCUCUCACAUUCUCUCUCCGUCUCCUUGGCCUCAAUCUUUGCCGCUUAUCAACGCCACCACCAAGAUUCAAAACGGGAUGCCAAACGAGCACAAGUGAGAUGAAAAAGAAGGGGAAUAGGUGGUGGUGAGAGUAGUGAGAGAGAUGAUGAAUAAUUUAACAAAGGACCAGAUUGGUGAGGUGAUCAGAAAGCAAGUCAAAGCUUGAAUUGAGGGCAACAAGCAGUAUCCCAACUCUAGGCUUAACUGAGACAUUUGUCAUAACAGGUUAAAAGGUCUGAGGUUGCUGAUAUACAAUGGUUAACGCCACUAAAGGACUGUUCAUUUCCUGUGACAUACCAAUGGCACAAUUCAUCAUAAAUUACAAUGCCUCAUUGCCUGCAUCACAGAAGUUCAUAAUACAAGUUCUGGAUAGCACUCACCUUUUUGUGCAACCCCACGUGGCUGAAAUGAUAAGAAGUGCCAUUGCGGAGUUUAGAGACCAGAAUUCAUAUGAGAAGCCAAAUUGAUUCUUUCUUUUUUCUUAUUUUAUUAUUUUCUAUUGCCCAUCGAUGAAGAUCUUUCGUAAAUGAUGAUGGGCAUGUAUCAUAAAAACCUGUGCAACUUAUAUGUCAAGUCAUUUUAUAUUGCUUCUCUUAUCUGUUGCAUAUGAAUUGCACAUGAGUUAUUGCUUCCUUUGUUUAUGUGUUAACUUUUGGUAAGACGCUAAUGGAUUUAAACGUACUUUCUGCUGAAUAAUGCUUGCCCCUU